AUGAAACUCAUGAUUACGUCCACGUUGAUGCUUGGUUUGGCCGCCACCGUUCCCAUUGCAGCAGAAGCUAACGCAGGCACUGCUUCCCAUCUUCUAGCUGGGGACACCAUUCCGUUUGAACCUCAUGCAGCACCCGCCCAAGCCGUGAACAUUCGGGGAAGAACAAAAUCUUCUCUUCGUCGGCUUAAGCAAGCAGAAGCCCCCGUUAUAGUCUGCCCAACUGAUCGCCAAGAAUGUUUUGAUGGAUCUUUUGUUACCAGGUCCCCUCCUCUUUGCAACUUUGAUCCUUGCCCAGAUGCCCCUAUUAUUGUGUGCACAUUGGAUGUCAAGAAAUGUCCUGAUGGAACCGGGGUCGAGAGGUCCCCUCCUUCUUGUGAAUAUGAUCCUUGUCCACGAAAUAAUGAUGGCGCGUGA